AUGCUGCGGGACGGCAUCAUUGAGUCCGUCGACUGCUCCGACUGGGCCUCACCGAUUGUUCCGGUAAAUAAAGCGGAUGGCUCCUUGAGAAUCUGUGCUGACUAUAAAGCAACCCUUAAUCCGGUAUUGCAGAUUGAUCGAUAUCCCUUACCACGAAUUGAUGACCUGAUGGUAAAAUUGAGCGGGGCAUGCUAUUAUUCCAAAAUAGAUUUAUCACAAGCAUACAACCAGAUCGAGUUAGAUGAUACAAAAAAAAUAUACAGUCAUAAAUACACACAGGGGCUUGUAUAG